AUGGAAUCGCGACCAAGCGCUUUAUCGUGUCUCGCUUCACCAUUUCCAAGUACAAGCAUCCAAAGCGUUGUCCUGUGAGAAGCUCACGUAUGAGGCCCUGCAUUAUCCCGCCAAGCAACACUAUCUCGUAAUCUCUUCACAUUGGCACACAUAAGAUGGAAACCUUGAAAUCACUAUUCGUCAAGCCGGAUCCCAAUGCCCAAUUUAGGAAAUGUAACGCCAUGAUUCGCUCAAACAUGCGGAAACUCGAUCGCGACAUCAACUCCAUGAAACAAGUCGAGAUCAAGACCAAGAACCUCAUCCUAGCCGCCGACAAGCGUGCGCAGAAGAGCCCAGCACAGUCGAGACAAGCACAACGGGAAGCACGCGACUUCGCAAAGGAACUCAUACGUGCAAGAAAGCAGUCAAACCGUCUGGUCACCUCCAAGGCCCAGCUCAGUAGUGUCCAGAUGCAGGUCAACGAAGCGUUCGCCGUGCGCAAGAUCGAAGGCUCCAUCCGUGCCAGCGUGGGCAUCAUGAAGGAUGUGAACCAUCUGAUCAGGCUGCCUGAGCUGGCCGGUACCAUGCAAGAGCUAAGCGUCGAGCUCAUGAAGGCUGGCAUCAUCGAGGAAAUGGUGGACGAUACCCUACCACAAGACGAUCUGUUUGAGGACGAGGAGACAGAGGCGGAAGGAGAGGUCGACAAGGUCCUAGGCGAAAUCCUCAAGGGUCGCAUGGAGAAGACUGGCGCCCUCCCUAGCGCGCCGAUUGCUCAAGAACCGACGCCGGCCGAGGAAGAGGAGGAAGAUAACGAGGCCAUGAUGGAUCAGAUGAGGAAUCGCUUGGAGGCUUUAAGGAGCUAGUUGGCUGGCGUAGCAGCAUAUAAACCGCCUCUCACAAACGGCGGACAACAUGGCGUUUGGAGUCUGAAAGGGGCUUGCAUCAUUCUUUGUUUUCUUAUCUUUUGGUUUUCAAUUUGAGAUGGUUUACGGACAUGGACACAUGUAGCAUGCAUCAAGUUUUGGCGUAUCCUUCUCCCGUUAUGCUCAAGAUAAAUUUUAUCUGGUAGCCGACCCUUGACAUCUUGAUGCCUGUGCUCUACUUGAAGUCAACACGUCGCUUUGCUUUAUACCUGACGAUGAAUCAAGUAACGCGCACGCCUCCUCCAGAUGGAAGUAUUCUGCAAUAUCAUCCAUAAUGACUGAUAC